AUGAGUGGGCGCGAGGGUGUUCGCAGCAGCGCGCGGCUCAGCGGAGCUGCGACUACAGUCAUCGCAGCGGCAGCCGCCCCUCCGGAUAUGAGUGUGGCAGCUGCGACGGCUGCGCGCUUAGCGGCAGCCGAAAGAAGAUCUCGAGCCAUAGAACGUGCCCGUGAAGUAGAAGAUAGUCCACGCGUUCUUAGAGACAAGUGCCGACAGUUGGCUAAGGCGCUGCAAGAUGCGAAACACCUAGUGGUGUACACGGGAGCCGGCAUUAGCACGGCGGCAGACAUCCCGGACUAUCGUGGUCCAAGCGGCGUUUGGACACGCCUCCAGCGCGGAGAGCGCGUGGGCAGAGUGGAGGUGUCCCGCGCUCAGCCCACGUUUACUCACAUGGCACUCACCGCUCUCUGGCGCCGUGGUUCGCUCAAGUUCGUCGUGUCUCAGAACUGUGACGGACUGCACCUGCGCGCCGGUCUGCCGCGCCGAGCGCUCGCCGAACUGCAUGGCGACAUGUUCGCCGAGCGCUGCCCGGGCUGUCGCCGCGUCUAUUUGCGCGCCUUUGAUACUACCGAGCGGACCGCGCGACACGCGCACGCGACUCGCCGACUCUGCCACGAGUGCGGCCGCGAGUUGCGCGAUUCGAUCGUGCACUUUGGCGAACGCGGUCGGGCCUCGUGGCCGCUUAACUGGGCCGGGGCGCUGCGCCACGCAGCCGCGGCCGACGUGGUCCUCUGUCUGGGCUCGAGCCUCAAGGUCCUGAGGCGUUACCCGCGCCUCUGGCGAAUGCAGCGCGCGCCGCACGCUCGCCCCGCGCUAUACAUCGUCAAUUUGCAGUGGACGCCCAAGGACUCUGUGGCGGCGCUCAAGAUCAACGCCCGCUGCGAUGCCGUAAUGGAAGCGGUGGCGCGGCGACUGCGGUUGCGGGUGCCCCGAUAUCGAGCUGGCUCCGACCCCCUGCUCGCUCACGCCGAACCCCUCGCGCCCCCGGAGGCGCACACAACACGCCGACCUCUGCUGCAGCGGCCUCCGUCGCCCGCCUCGGCUUCGCUAUCGGACGACUACUACUCGCUGUCGUCGCCCUCCUCUCCGGCUUCGCCCUGCUCCACCGACUCCGAGGAGGAGGUACCGCUGUACAAGUUGGCGCGUCGCCUGCGCGAUCGCCGCCUGCCCUGUCCUCCGCUCCUUCACAGUUUUAGGGUGAGUAUGCGGUCGGGCGAGGCGACUAUUUUGCUGCGCGCGGAGCAUGCGGUCCCAGAGCCGCCGGCCCCGCCGUCGCCCCUGCGCCGCUUCCGAAAAUGGACUCGCGAGGACUGGCCGGACGAGUCUAAGCUGCGCGAUCUCCUGUCGCGUGAGCCCAAAGCGGAGGCCAGCGAGGCGAAGGCGGAGCCGGACGCGGUGGCGGCGGCGAUCAUCGAGCGCGCCGUGUUGCUCUGUCGUGCCCACCUGUACCCCGGCCUGCACACCAUUAUCGCGCCGCCCUCGCCUCGCGCCUCCGUCGUGCCCGAAUGCGAGUGGUGCGCGCGUCGCUACUCCGCCCGCCGCUGCCUGUGGUACGGACCGCCUCGCCUGACCACGCUCGAGAGGCGCGCGUGGAGACGCGACCGCUCCCGCCGUUUCCUGUGCGCGUGCUGCGGGCCGGACGGGGCGGGCGCGGGUCCCGACGGGGACGCCGGCGGAGGCGGCUGGUACGGCAAGGGCUACCGCAAGGGGCGCCGCAGACGGAGGUAG